AUGUCGCUCAAGAUCGGGCUUCAAGACACGGCACAGCUUUACCCACCAAGCCGAACUGAAUCGAAAGAUGUUGAACCGGUUGUCCUUGAUCCAGCAGCGGAGAGACGCGUGCUGAGGAAGAUAGAUCUGCACAUUAUGCCGUUAUCCAUGCUCAUCUACAUCUUCAGCUUUCUUGACCGUGUGAAUAUCGGGAACGCUCGCCUUUACGGGCUCGAAGAAGAUCUAGGCCUACACGGAAAUCAGUACCAGAUCCUCGUAUCCAUCCUGUUUGCAACGUACAUCAGCGUCGAGUUACCCUCCAACUGGGUGAUCAAACGCAUUCGUCCAUCCAGAUGGAUUGCCUUCAUUACCAGCAGCUGGGGAAUUAUCGCAACACUUGCUGGCGUCACGCAGAACUUUGGCGGCAUGCUGGCCUGCCGCAUCCUGCUGGGAGCCUUCGAAGGCGGAAUGUGGCCGGGCCUCGUCACGUACCUGACCAUGUUCUAUACCCGGCGGGAAAUCGCCCUGCGGAUUGCCGUUCUGUUCGCUUGUUCUGCGCUGGCUGGGGCGUGCGGCGGUUUACUUGCUUUCGCCAUUGGAUACCUCGAUGGGCACGGAGGCUACCUUGGCUGGCGAUGGAUUCUGAUUAUCGAGGGGAUCCCGACCAUUGUGUUCGGCAUUCUGACCUGGUUUGUUUUCGCCGACGACCCGUCAAGCGCGUACUAUCUGAACGAAGACGAACGCGCUCUCGUCCAGACCCGGUUAGACCAACAACCUGGCAUGACUCCCUCCGCGAGCCAAUUUCACUGGGCCGACGUUCUUGAAGCAUUCUACGACUGGAAGAUCUGGGUCUUCUGCUUCGCCCAGUUUGGCGCCGACGUGAUGCUCUACGCAUUCUCCACGUUCCUUCCCACGAUCAUCAAAGGAAUCAGUGCAGACUUCUCGACUGCCAUAAUCCAAGUCCUCACAAUCCCAUGCUACAUGCUCGGCGCAGUCACAUACCUUGUCGUGGGCUACCUGUCAGACCGGACGCAGCGCCGCGGUAUCUUCGUUGUCACCCUCGGUACGAUAUCCGUCUGUGGAUACGGAAUGUUGAUCUCAAACGGCGGAGUCGCGGUGCAUUACGCAGGCUGCUUCCUCGUCGCCGGUGGACUAUACGUGAUCGUCGGUCUUCCGCUAGCCUGGCUCCCGACCAACAUCCCCCGGUAUGGGAAGCGAACGACAACAAUUGCAAUGCAAGCGGCUAUCGGAAACAGUGCGGGGGUCAUGGCCAGUUUCCUGUAUCCGUCGGACCAAGGCCCUCGCUAUAUCAAGGGUCAUUCGAUUUCACUUGCGAUGGGCGCGUUCGGCAUCAUCUCCUUUGGGGUCGUAUGGGCGUAUUAUCUGUAUGAGAAUAAGCAGAGGAGGUCUGGGAGGAGAGAGGCGCUCGCGGAUGGGAGGCCAGAGGAUGAGCUUAAGGAGUUGGGUGAUAAGAGUCCGAGGUUCAUCUUCGUCACGUAG